AUGCUUUGGAUUACGGAGUUUUCAGGCUUAUUCUCCGCUGCUUUAGCGAUGGUUAUCCUUUCUCCUUCACUUCAAUCAUUUUCUCCGGCGGCGGCAAUCCGAUCGUCGCAUCUCGACGCCUACUUCAGACCAUUACCGUCCGAUCACUCAUUGCGCAAUUUCUCCUUCAGAGAAUCACCAAUAUUCCGUAACGCCGACGAAUGCCGGUUCUCCGGCGGUGAUUCCGGCGUCUGCAACCCUUCGCUCGUCCAUGUCGCUAUCACUCUCGACGUCGAGUACCUUCGCGGCUCAAUCGCCGCCGUGAAUUCCAUCCUCCAGCAUUCAGUUUGUCCUGAGAGCGUCUUCUUCCAUUUCCUCGUCUCCGAGACAAACCUAGAAUCUCUAAUCCGAUCGACUUUCCCCAAACUGAAUCUCAAGAUUUACUAUUUUGCCCCUGAGACCGUACAGUCUCUGAUUUCAUCUUCCGUGAGACAAGCCUUAGAGCAGCCGCUAAAUUACGCCAGGAAUUACCUAGCGGAUCUGCUCGAGCCCUGCGUUAACCGGGUCAUCUACUUGGAUUCGGAUCUCGUCGUCAUUGAUGAUAUAGCGAAGCUCUGGAAAACGGGUCUAGGUCCGAGAACAAUCGGAGCUCCGGAGUACUGCCACGCGAAUUUCACGAGGUACUUCACCGGAGCUUUCUGGUCCGAUAAGCGGUUCAACGAGACGUUCAAGGGGAGAAACCCUUGCUACUUCAACACCGGAGUGAUGGUGAUCGAUUUGAAGAAAUGGAGACGAUUCGGGUACACAAAAACAAUCGAGAAGUGGAUGGAGAUUCAGAAAGCGGAGAGGAUCUACGAGCUGGGUUCUCUUCCUCCGUAUCUUCUGGUGUUCGCCGGCCACGUAGCUCCGAUUUCGCAUCGGUGGAAUCAACACGGACUCGGGGGAGAUAAUGUUAGAGGUAGCUGCCGUGAUUUGCAUGCCGGUCCGGUGAGUUUGCUUCACUGGUCAGGUAGUGGUAAGCCAUGGUUUAGGCUCGAUUCCAAGCAUCCAUGUCCUUUAGACACAUUGUGGGAACCUUAUGACUUGUAUAAACACUCCCAUUGA